UCACUCCGAGUUGUUGACUUGGAUCAAUAGUUUAUACAAAUGCGAUGAGAUAUCUGCACCAACUGCUCCGUAGUGGAGAUCAAGUUUCGUGGUCCGGCGACAGAAACGAGUCAUCGUCGGCUUUACGAUGUCGAUGGGAACGAGGCUUCUACUCGGCUUUCGCCCGAAUUCCCUCGAGAACAAUGAGCCUCGCAGGAAGCACUAUGCAAGCAUAUCGACAGCGAAAGAUUGAAAGUUUGGCGAGGAUGAGUAACAUGUCGCAAGAGGACGUUGCGACGGGCCUGCGAACUGUUCAACAAGGUUUAGAGGCGCUUCGUGAUGAACAUGGCACUGUGUGUACCACACUUGAAAGCAGCUUGAAAGGAAUAAGCGAAGAUGAAGCGCCGAUGCCUCGCGAAAAGCAUCAUCAGAUCUCCGAUAACGUUACGAGUAUCUCAAAUGGGCUAGAAGAAGUUACAAUGAUGAUGUCGAUCAUGUCUCAUUUGAACAACCUCGAAGCUGAGAAGCAGAAAUAUCAGGCACAGCGACGCCGUCUGUGUCAGGAGAACGCAUGGCUGCGUGAUGAGCUGAGUUCAACUCAAAUCAAACUUCAAACUUCUGAGCAGCGUGUUGCUACUUUGGAGGAAGAGAACAAACAUCUCAAAUAUAUGAAUUCUAUCAAGCAGUUCGAUGAUGAUAUCCAGAGCGACAUGAAGACGGCACCAUCUGAGUCAAAUGUGCCAUCGACUAAUGACACUUUGCAAGACCUUGGCUUUGGACCAGAAGAUGAAGAAGAUCUGCAAUCUAGCCAAUUCGCUCAGCCAACUCCUGCACACUCGAUGGCGGCAUCAGCUUCAGUUGGCUACGAAAUUCCGGCAAGACUUCGCACACUUCACAAUCUGGUGAUCCAAUAUGCUUCUCAAGGCCGCUAUGAAGUUGCCGUACCACUUUGUAAACAAGCGCUCGAAGAUCUGGAAAAGACUAGCGGUCACGACCAUCCUGACGUAGCGACUAUGCUGAACAUUCUUGCGCUGGUGUAUAGGGACCAAAAUAAAUACAAAGAAGCUGCUAAUCUUCUUAAUGAAGCGCUAGCCAUCAGAGAGAAGUGCUUGGGAGAAAACCACUCAGCUGUAGCCGCCACUUUGAAUAAUCUGGCAGUGCUUUAUGGCAAGCGUGGAAAGUUCAAGGACGCGGAACCGCUCUGCAAGCGUGCUUUAGAAAUUAGGGAGAAGGUGCUUGGUCAUGACAAUCCAGAUGUUGCUAAACAGCUGAAUAACUUGGCUUUGUUGUGUCAGAACCAAGGAAAGUAUGAGGAAGUGGAGAAGUACUAUAAACGUGCUCUGGAAAUUUACGAAACCAAGCUCGGACCAGAUGAUCCCAAUGUUGCGAAGACUAAGAACAAUCUCUCAUCAGCAUAUUUAAAACAAGGAAAAUACAAGGAAGCUGAAGAACUGUACAAGCAGAUUUUGACAAGAGCGCACGAGCGGGAGUUCGGCAAAAUCGGUGAGGAUAACAAACCAAUUUGGCAGAUAGCAGAAGAUCGGGAGGAGCUCAAGCAAAAGGGCGGUGCAGACGCAGGACCUAUUGCUUACAAUGACCUUGGUGGUUGGCACAAAGCCGCUAAAGUUGACAGUCCAACUGUAACAACGACCCUGAAAAACCUUGGCGCUCUAUAUCGACGUCAAGGCAAGUAUGAAGCUGCGGAAACACUAGAAGACGUGGCACUUAGGGCUAAGAAGCAGCAGGAGCCAUCCUUACGGUCAAACGACGACUUGAUGACAUCGUCACAAAUAUCCCGCAUGACGACCAGCCACUCCUCAUCAGGUCUGAAGUCGAAGUUGAUGAAUGCGCUCGGUUUCAAUCAGUAAUCAACCCGGGCAUGCCCGCUGGUCGCACGGGUUACUGUUUCCUGUCUCGCUUCUGUGCCUGAUGUCCAUUUCUGAAGGUACAUUAUACUUGUGGGCAAUUAUUGUUCGUUGUAUGUAGUAUAGUGUAAUUUAUGGUGUUGUUGUGUUUUAUUUUUCUGGGUUUCUCUUUCAAGAGAAGAUAUGCAACAUGCCUUUAUUCCGAUAAGGUUCGCUUCCUAAAGAAAGCUUACGAAUUGCAUAGUUGUUUGCGUUGUUCUUUUCUUUGGAGAAUGUCCGGUGGUUUUUGUACCAUACUAGCCUCUGUUUCGAUCUUCCUACGAGGCAACAGCUAUAUAUGCUCUGAGAGUUCACCAAGUCUAUUUGAAGUAUUGUUUUACUCCCAAAUAACAUUCAAAAAGGAAGAAAACUGUGAUAGUUUAGGUUUUUGUGAUUACGCCGCUAAUAAAUCUCAGUGGUU